UGCAGGAAGGGCCAAAAACUCAGAGAAAGAUUAAUGAAGGGUCUUGCCUUCCUCUUAUUCUGCUAUGCUUUGAUCUGCUUCUCACCAAUUUCCGCAGCUGUAGAUAGUAUUAAUGCAACCCAUUCCAUGAGUGACGGUCAGACCUUAGUUUCAUCAGAACAGAGCUUCGUGUUAGGCUUCUUCUCUCCUGCUACUUCCAAGAAACGUUACCUGGGCAUUUGGUACAACAACAUCUCAUUUACAGUCGUCUGGGUUGCUAACAGAUACAACCCUCUUAAUGAUUCGUCCGGAGUUCUAAGUAUUGGCAACGAUGGAAAUUUAAUCCUCCUUGAUGGAAACGAGAGCGUUAUCUGGUCUUCCAACUCUUCAACGGCCCCAAAGAAUUCAGUUGCAGUUGCACAGUUACAAAAUACUGGUAAUCUUGUUCUCAGAGACAAUUUAGGGAACAUCUUCUGGCAGAGCUUCGAUCAUCCAACAGAUACGCUCUUACCUGGUAUGAAACUUGGGUGGGACUUUAGAAGUGGUCUGAAUCGUAACUUGACAUCAUGGAGAAGCAGCGAUGACCCUUAUCCGGGAGAUUCCUCUUACAGCGUAGACCCAAGUCCACUUGCUCAAAUAGUUCUUCGGCAAGGAUCGACUGAGUUGUUCCGAAGUGGGCCAUGGAAUGGUGACCAAUUCAGCGGCGGUCCUAUCUUGCCGGCAGACGCAGUGAUCAAACCCAUCUUCAUCUCUAACCAGGACGAAAUGUAUUACGCGUAUGAGAACACGGGCAAUGUGAUCUCAAGGCUUGUUGUGACAGAAUCGACAAUGAUUCAACACUUCACUUGGAACGCAGGCCCUGCUCACUGGGUCAUUCUAUACACCUUGCCUCAAGAUGUCUGUGAUAGUUAUGAUCGAUGUGGAGCUUAUGGCACUUGUGGCAUUAAUACGACACCCAAUUGCCAGUGUUUGAAUGGGUUUACACCCAAAUCUCCGACUGCCUGGAGAUUGUUGAAUUGGUCCGGUGGAUGCAUCAGAAAAACCCAACUGGGUUGUCGGAAUGGAGAGGGGUUUGUGAAGUAUGAGAGAGUGAAGUUGCCGGAUUCUGCCUUAAUUAUGGUGAACAAGAGCAUGGACCUCGAGAAUUGCCAUUUGCAGUGCUUGAAUAAUUGUUCUUGUAUGGCUUAUGCUCAAAAUAAUAUUAGUGGAGACGGCAAUGGCUGUGUGACUUGGUUUGGGGAUUUGAUUGAUAUUAGACAAUAUGAUUUUAAUGGGCAAGAUCUCUAUAUCCGCAUGGCAGCUUCCGAGCUAGGUAUAAAUGGUGGUUCUGCUAAGUUUUCAGAAGGUGUGAAAAUAGUAAUAAUCAUCUCCUUGGUGGUGGUUAUUCUUCUCUUGGGUUCUGUUGGCUGGUAUCUUGUUCAGAGGAAGAGGAGACCAAAGAGAGUUGGUGAGUUGAAUAAUCAAGAGAACAAUGACAAAGACAGAGAUGAAAAUCUGGAAGAAGACCUGGAGUUACCUCUCUUUGAUUUCCAUACCAUUUUAGCUGCUACUGACAACUUCUCUGAUAGAAAUAAGAUUGGAGAGGGUGGUUUUGGUCCUGUUUACAAGGGUGAGCUAGUAACAGGACAAGAAAUAGCUGUGAAAAGAUUAUCAGAGAAGUCUGGACAAGGCCUUAAAGAGUUUAAGAAUGAGGUUGUUUUGAUUUCCAAACUUCAACACCGGAAUCUCAUAGGACUUUUGGGCUAUUGUGUUCAAAGAGAAGAAAGAAUGCUAAUUUAUGAUUACAUGCCCAACAGAAGUCUAGACUCCAUCCUUUUUGAUAAAACAAGAAGUAACAUACUGGAAUGGCACAAGCGCUUCAAUAUUAUUGCAGGAAUCGCUCGAGGACUUCUCUAUCUUCACAGAGAUUCAAAAUUGAGAAUUGUCCACAGGGAUCUCAAAGCAAGUAAUGUUCUACUGGACAGUGAAAUGAACACCAAAAUUUCAGAUUUUGGAAUGGCAAUAACUUUUAGAGGAGAUGAAAGUGAAGAAAAUACAAAGAGAGUGGUCGGGACUUAUGGUUACAUGCCUCCAGAGUAUGCAGUAGAUGGCUUAUUCUCAGUGAAAUCUGAUGUUUAUAGCUUUGGUGUGUUGGUGUUAGAGAUAGUGAGUGGCAAGAAAAACAGAGGAUUCUGUCAUCCUGACCAUGAACACAAUCUCCUGGGACAUGCUUGGAAACUAUGGAAUGAAGGGAAGACCAUGGAACUAAUUGACCAAGUUUUGGAUCAAUUCUCUGUGUCUGAAGCAUUACGAUGCAUUCAAGUGGGUCUCUUGUGUGUGCAACAAAGACCAGAAGACAGGCCAACAAUGUCAUCCGUGCUUUUGAUGUUGGAUAGUGAGAACACAACAUUGCCACAACCUAAGAGACCUGGUUUUUAUACUGAAAGGUGUCUUAAAGCUAUGAAUUCCUCAUCAAACCAACAAAGAACUUGUACAGAAGAAUUAACUAUUACAGUUUUAGAGGGAAGAUAGCAGUCCCCCAAAUAUGUUUCAAUUUUUCCCCCUCCUCUGCUUCACAAAAUAUCCAAUGUGGAGGUCGGGAGAUCUUACUGAAAUGGUAAGGAUUCCAGGUCGAUUCAUCCUUUUCCUUAGAAAGUUUAUGUAAAUACCACAUGAAAGUUGCUCAAGAUUUCCAAAUC